CGGGGACGAUUCGUGCAGUAGCAUGCCGCCUUUCGUAACGUAAACGUUGAGUGAGUUUUCGUCAUUUCCACCGUACUACAAAACCUUGGUACUCGUUUUUCUAUCUGAAUUUUCAACUCUAUCCAAUAUCAGUGAUCGAAAAUCCAGGAACGUGAUCUGCCGUUGUGAAAGAACAACUAAAGGUCGUCGAUAAUUAACAGUCGAGCUGCAACCCAGAUGCAUUAGCGUUGCCCAACGACCAGGAAGUCGCGACGCCGAUGACAAUGCUAGGCUCAGAACAACGGCAGUGAAAGAUGGUGGACAAGGAAGAGUUGAGUAUAACGAAGGCGAAGGCCCCAUCACCGCUAAAUCUCAGCGAAGCGAUCGAGGACGAAGUACUGAACCAAAAGACUGCUAGAAUCCUUAAGAAUGAUCUUCUCCUACACGAAGCUGUGAUAAAGAAUGAAGCGGACACUGUACGUAAAGUGCUUAAGGAAACUGUCGACGUAGACUCCAGAAAUAAUUAUGGUCGUGCUCCGAUUCAUUGGGCAGCGUCUAGAGGCAAUACCGAAAUUAUCGAAAUGUUGAUACAAGCCAAAUGUGAUAUUGAGGCAAGAGAUAAGUAUGGAAUGCGUCCCUUACAUAUGGCCGCUCAACACGGACACCAAGACGCGGUGAAGAUGUUGAUAAAUGCUGGAGCAAACGUAUCCGCGGUCAACAAGAAACAAUACACCCUCUUAAUGUGUGGUGCUCGCGGCAGCAACGUAGGCGUAGUAGAGUAUCUCGCGGAAGCUGUGGAAUCGUUAAAUGGUGAGGCCACCGACUGCACUGGCGCGACUGCACUUCACCACGCAGCCAUCGCCGGACAUCCCGCGGUGAUUACCGCACUCGCUAACAUUCCGCGGAUCGUACUUGAUGCCACAGACAAGAAGGGACAAACAUCGAUGCACUAUGCUUGCGCCGAGGAACACUUGGAAGCGGUUGAAGUCCUUAUAGGAUUAGGUGCGAACGUAGACGCCCAGGAUAACGACGGAAAUACCCCACUUCAUGUAGCUACCAGAACGAGGCACACAGGAAUAGCGCAAUUAUUAUUAAGAGCUGGAGCGAAUAUAGAGUUAACUGAUGCGGAAGGUUUCACACCUCUUCACGUUGCCGCGAGCCAAGGAUGCAAAGGAAUACUCGACUCGAUGAUUCAGCACGGCGCCGAUCUUAACAAGCAGUGCAAGAACGGUAACACAUCAUUGCAUUUGGCUUGCCAAAACAACGAAGUAGAAACGGUAGAAAUAUUGAUUAACAAAGGCGUUGAUCUCAAUUGCUUAAAUCUGAGACUUCAAUCACCCAUACAUAUUGCGGCCGAAAUGGGUCACACAGAUAUUUGUGAAUUGCUUCUUGCAGCAGGUGCGAAUAUCGAGCAAAAAGAACAGAGCGGCCGGACGCCACUUUACAUUGCGGCGAGGGGCAGUUUCACGGCUAUCGUGGACAUGAUCAUCAAAACCGCGAGAUUGGAUUAUCCAACCCCGGAGAUCUCGAAUUCUGACAAGGAAGUUCGAGAAUUAACACCAGCGCGAAGACGAUGGAGAGAAGGAUCGCGCGGCGGCAGUAUUUCCAGCAACAACGGUCGUUUCUCCGAACAAAUUCGAUCUAUUCUCUGGAAGCUGGCCUAUAAACAAUUGGCACCUGGUGAUUGGAAAAAAUUAGCUCUUCACUGGGCCUUCACUCCCGAACAGAUCAAAGCUAUCGAGCAUCAGUACACGGCACCAAUUGUAGGUCCCUCAAGCUACAAGGAACACGGAUUUCGGAUGUUAAUGAUCUGGGCCUCCGGAUUAAAUCCCGAUGUAUCAUUGGCGAAAGAACUUUGCGACGCUUUAUCAGCGGUGGACAAGAAGACAAUAGCUGAUUCUGUUCGCAAGCAAAUAGAGCAGGGAAACAACAGCAAGGCGAAAUCGAAAGGACAACGAUGUCAUAAAUGUUCCAUUGCAUGAAUAUCUACGAGCGUCAAGUUCAUCUGAUCUCAUCCAUAUGUUUCACUCGCACACAUAAAAAUGUAAUGGACACAGUAACUUAUGUCUCAUAAUUAUUGAAAACGUUUUACAUUACAAAUAUCAGUUCUGAAGACAAACGCAAAAAUUGAGGACAAAGAUAACAACUCACAAUAUCAAAUACAUGAUAUCUUUUGAUAUUAAUCGUAGAUAAUGUUUAGUACAUUUCCGGAAUUUAAAUAACAAUUAUAAUUUUUAUGCAGACAAAUGAUCAUCAGAUAUAUAUUAUAUUUAAAUACUUGCUUUCUCUAUGUUGUAAUCUGAAUCCGAAAUAUGAAUCUGACAAAAUGUAUAUCAAUUAUACAUGGCCCUAAACCAAAAUUUAAGAAUCGAGAACCUAAUAACAUCAUCAUUUUGAGCUGUCCAUUAUUUUGAACGGAGUCAAUUCGCAGUCUGCUGAAAAAUUAUGCGAAUAAUCUCACUAAGUAAAAUUUACAAUAACGAGAAAAUCUGGAAAGAUAUAAAACUAAAUUCAUAGUAAAUCUACUUUUUAUAUAUAUUACAUUUUUAGACCAGAUAGUUUGCAUGAUCUUAGACAAAUCGCCUUUUAGAAAACUUGUCCACAAAUGGAAAAUACAAUAAAACUUGAUUAGAAUAAAAAAACUUAUAUAGGAGUUUAAUAAUAUUAUACAUACAAUGAUACUGGCAAAAAACUUCGGAAAAUAAUUGAAAAAAGAAUAAAACACGAAGGAUAUACGAUAUAUUCGAAAAAAAUCCUAAAAACUGUUACAGAAUUAUACAUAAGAAACCAAACCGUCCGGAAUAACUCUAAUUUCAAUAUAGAGAAUACGAGUUAUUCGCGAUCUUAUUUACUCUCACAAUAUUCUUUUAUAGACAAAUGUCGUAUGUCUCUGUUACUCUACAAAACCAAAGUACAGAUAAAAGAUAGUACAGAAGCCAUCGAAAAAAACCGUACAACUAAUCAAAGUAAAAAAGUAAGGAGUGUAGCAACUUUCUCGAAAAUAAUAAUGCAUAAAGCAAUUGUAUAAAAAUCACUUUUUCACGGCUUUCGAUGUGAUACAAAAUUAUUAGAGUAAGUGCUACAUUUCGAUAAAAAACACAUUUGAUAAAGAUUAUCGUACACUGUUCUCGAAAGAGAUAAUGCACAUAUCUAAAACAAACAAAUCUAAAUUUGAUUGACUGCAUUAGCGAUAAUAUUACAUCUAUCUUCAUUUUGUGACUUCAUUUUUAUAGCAUUUUGCGAAUUAGUCUUGAUAUAUUCACGACUAGGCAAAUUAAUUGUGAGAUGUCUGAAUUUUUAAACAAAAAGCAAGAAUCAUCUUUUCUAUCGUAUUUAACUUGUAUGAUUUUAUAAACUCAAACUAUAUCAUCAAAACAUAUACAGAAUUAUUAAGAUUAGGAGUAUUUUUUUAUAUUUUCGAUUUUUUCAUGAAAUAAUUAAUAACCGUUAUUAGCAGCAAAACAGAAUAACUGUAAUACGCGAAGAACAAUGUAUAUAAUAGAUAAGCCAAUUGCUUACCGCUUGAUAAAGAAAAUCAUGGAUUUCCGAUGCUGCUUGCUGAAAGUACGAUUUUACAAGAAUGUACGUAUCUCGUCUUGUGGUUUAAUAAAUCACUGUAUUCUCUA